AUGAGCUAUGGCAGCAGCAGCUCUGUGGUCCUGCAGCACCCGUGUGAGGGGCAUGGCCUAGGCAGAGAGCAGCCAAAGGCAGCUGGGUGCCUGGGGAAGAUAGUUUUCAUCAGCCUGGAUGCUUUUGAGAGCCGCCUCUCCCCGCUCUCCAUCCCAGAAGAGCUUGAGACCAAGGAAGCCAUUGUCAGUGUGAUUGCCUUCAUGGACAAAGAUGGGGCUGUCGAUGGUGGUCAAUGGCCAGGUCUACCUGUACUUCAAGAUCCUCGACAGAUCGCAUUCUUGACCCAGGACAGACAUCUCUUCUAUGGCAGCAUCGGCCGGGUCACUAGCACAGUGCACAUUGCCAAGGAUGAGAGCACAGAUUCGAAAAAAAAUAGGGAUGCUGUUCGAAAAAACAUAUACAACAGGAAGGUCUACAGAUUAAAUACAGCAAAUAAUCUGGGAUGCCCUCUUCUGGUAUGCUAUAAAAAUCCUUGGGUGCAAAUUUUUGAGUUACGGGAAAAAAACAGAUUUCAGGAACAUGCCCCUACUGAGUUUGUUCUGUUUGAACUAAGUGCAGGGCAUAACUAUGAUUACCUUUUGACUGCGCAUGAUGUCAACUGCAUCUCUGAACCUCAAAACUGGACUUCUUUGCUAGAGGAACAGGACUCUCCAGGUCCAGAUACUGCAUGGACCAGAAGAAACUACAGGAGCUGUAAAGAUAGGAAUGGACCUGAAUUACAGUGGCCUUAAGUCAAGUAUCAGGUCCUCAAUGGAGAUAAAAAUAAGAUCAUUUUCCCUCCCUAUAAUGGUCUUUAA